GAGCGGAGCUCGGAGCGGCGGCGCGGGCGGCUUCCCGUCGCGUCCUGUUCGCCGCGAGCAGCUCCUCGCGUCGCGCCGUCCCUGCCCUUGGCACUACUUAAACCUCUCCGGCUCCCCCGACCCCUUAACGCCCACCUGCUUCAAAGUCAGGCUCCACGGAAAGCGAGGCGGCUGGACCCCCGACAUGGCUUUCAUGAUGACCGACCCCCGGGCCGGCGCGGGCACCUACACGUACACCAGCAAGCCGCGGGCCGUGCCCUGCCAGCGCCGCCGCUACCGGGACAACCUGCUGCAGCUACCUGAUGAACCUAUGAAUUACGGAAACAUAAUGUAUGACAGGAGGGUGAUUCGAGGCAACACGUACGCACUGCCCCCAGGACAGCUGCCUGGGCAGCCUGAUCCAUUAGAGCUUCAGAAACAGCAACAGGCUAGGAGGAGGGCUCAGGCCAGAAAGCGAGCCCAGCAGCUGCUCAGACCACGAACCCCUGAGCCAGUAGAAGGCAGAAAGCAUGUGGAUGUCCAGACAGAACUAUACCUUGAGGAAAUUGCUGACCAUAUAAUAGAAGUUGAUAUGGAAUGCCAGACAGAUGCGUUCCUGGACAGACCACCAACACCACUCUUUAUUCCUGCUAAAACUGGCAAAGAUGUGGCCACCCAAAUACUAGAAGGAGAGCUCUUUGACUUUAACCUUGAAGUUAAGCCAAUGUUAGAAGUCUUGGUAGGGAAAACAAUCGAACAGUCCCUCCUGGAAGUGAUGGAAGAAGAAGAGCUAGCCGACCUGCGGGCCAGUCAGUAUGCCUAUGAGGAAAUACGCAACGUGGAGCUGGCUGAAGUGCAGAGGCUGGAGGAGCAGGAGAGGCGACACCAGGAAGAAAAGGAGCGCCGUAAGCAGCAGCAGUGGGAAAUGGUCCACAAGCGUAACGAGACCGCACAGAAGAUCUCGGCCCGGGCCUUCGCGCAGCGCUACCUGGCUGACCUUCUGCCUUCUGUGUUUGACAGUCUCAGGAACAGCGGGUACUUCUACGAUCCCAUCGAAAGAGAUAUUGAGGUAGUAUUUCUUCCGUGGCUGAUGAAUGAAGUUGAAAAAACCAUGGAGUACAGCAUGAUUGGAAGAACAGUGUUUGACAUGUUGAUCCGCAAGGUAGUUGAAAGGAGACUGAACACUUAUGAGUCAAAAGAGGAUAGGCUGCCCCCAGUGGCAUCUGAGGACAGGAACGGGCUCAAAGACUCGGAAGCAGUGAUGAAUCCCUCGGUGAGUUUUAACUUGCAGGAAGCAGCCACACUGCAGGCCCAGAGGUCAUUAUUAGACAGAGACAACCCACAAGCACCAACCCAAGAAAGGAAGCCCAUGGAAGAAGGCGAGCUCUUAAGUCAAGAAGAACAAGAAAUGAGGGAAACCGUAGGAAAGGAAGAGCCACCCCAACCAGAGGGCACUUGGGAGCAGUGAACCACUCAACACUCAGUUAAUAAUAAAGACAAUCAGGUAAUGAUGCAUGUGACCCUCAGUUGUCUCAUGAACUGAACAGGUCAAUUAUAAAAUAAUAAAACUCAUGAAAAAGACA